CGCAGAAAAGUGUGCAAAAAAAGGAACAAUCCCAAACCCGCUUCUUCGCCGCGCCCGCUAAGCUCCGCCUACGCUUCCCGAUUCCCGAAUGGCCUCAUCCCCUUCCCCGCCCCCGCCGCCGCCGCCGACCGACGAGCCACGCAGCACCGGCGGCGGAGGCCGGCCGCCGAUCCCGCCCUACGUGAAGGCGGCGGCGGGGUCGCUGGGCGGCGUGAUGGAGGCGUGCUGUCUGCAGCCCAUCGACGUCGUCAAGACCAGGCUGCAGCUCGACCGCGCGGGCGCCUACCGCGGCAUCGCGCACUGCGGCGCCACCGUCGCGCGCGCCGAGGGCGUGCCCGCGCUCUGGAAGGGCCUCACGCCCUUCGCCACGCACCUCACGCUCAAGUACGCGCUCCGACUCGGCUCCAACGCCAUGCUGCAGUCCGCCUUCAAGGACCCCACCACCGGCAAGGUCUCCGCGCAGGGCAGGCUCGCGUCCGGGUUCGGCGCCGGGGUACUCGAGGCGCUCGUCAUCGUCACCCCGUUCGAGGUCGUAAAGAUUCGAUUACAGCAGCAAAAAGGACUAAGCACAGACCUGCUGAAAUACAAAGGUCCUAUACACUGUGCAAAGACAAUUGUUCGUGAGGAAGGCAUUUUCGGUUUGUGGUCUGGAGCAUCACCAACUGUCAUGCGUAAUGGCACAAACCAAGCUGCGAUGUUCACAGCCAAGAACAUGUUCGACAUUGUUCUCUGGAAGAAGCAUGAAGGAGACGGGAAGGUUCUCCUGCCAUGGCAGUCUAUGGUCUCUGGGUUCCUUGCGGGAACUGCAGGGCCGGUCUGCACUGGACCUUUCGAUGUCGUGAAGACUAGGCUGAUGGCGCAAGGGAGAACUGGUGACAUCAAGUACAAGGGCAUGUUCCAUGCGAUACGAACAAUACACUCCGAGGAGGGCCUCCGAGCCCUGUGGAGAGGCUUGCUUCCCAGGCUCAUGAGGAUUCCACCUGGUCAGGCUAUAAUGUGGACAGUUGCUGAUCAGGUGAUGGGCUUCUAUGAGCGAACGUAUGUGCAGUCAGCGAGCGUGUAACCCUCAUACUCCGAAGCUGCACCGAAGUUCUUUGGUUGAUCUUCACUAUUUUUGGGUUGCUGGGCGACACUCCGAAAUCGUCGACUUAACAGUUAAGUACCUGGAUAUUCAUUGGUUCAUUGCUAAGAGUUGGGUGUUGGUGGGAGCAACGAACUCUUGUACUCUUGUAGCAAGUUACGGUUAAAUCCCUUCCAGUUUUCAUAAUAAGAUAUUCUCGUGACCGCUGAAA